AGUUGCGCCGCCUCCAUUUGCGCCUCCUGCGAAAACUGCGCUUUGUCCUUUCUUCCGCCGCCGAAGGGUGCGAGCUCGAGCGCUCAACCGGUUUCCGGCGGAUACAGUCACCAGCACCACUCUGUCGGAUCAGGGUCCACGUCUUGGCAACCAUCAGAUUACCGCCGGCCGGGUCGGUCACCGCGCGACCAAGUGACCCAGAAGCCGGAGGUCGAGAUACCACGUACAAAAAGAUCACUCAAUCCACAGGCUUUGCUUGCAACAGUUGACUGUCGGCAGGUUAAUAUCCGGUCAGUUGUCAAGGCGGGCAAGCCUGGAUACGACCUAAUGGGCCGCAGGCUCAUCCCACCUUUUUUGAAGUCCUGUACACGCGAGAAGGGAGGUGCACCUGUCUCUUCUCCGGCCACGGGCUCGGAUCGGGCAAGCAUGGGAUUUAUUGGGCAAGUCGAUCAAAAAUCCGGCACGACAACCCUUUUAAACGGCCCCGUGGCUGCUAGGUCGCUGAUGGCAUGGCAACACGUCGGGCGGGGACGCUAA